AUGACCAGCGUCAAGUUUGCCACUCUCGACGUUUUCACCAACAAGGUCUACGAGGGCAAUCCCCUCGCAGUGGUGUUCCUCCCCGCAGCAGCAUCCUCCCAGGUAACGCAGCGCCAAAAGCAAACCAUCGCGCGCGAGUUCAACCUCUCGGAAACCAUCUUUGUCCACGCAGAGCAUGGCCCGAAUGAGUCCCGCACAAUUGACAUCUUUACAGAGAGCGAGGAGCUCCCGUUCGCUGGACACCCAACUAUCGGCGCAGCGUCAUGGUUUCUGCACCACGCGCCGGAGGAAGAUGCUAGCAACACGGUGAAGAGCUUGAACAUGAAAGCCGGAAAUCUCCCAAUUGCUCUCCAGGACGUGAACCUGGGUGUUGUGUCUGCGCGGAUUGCGCAUAACGUGCAUAUCCAUGAGAAGCAGUACCCGCUCGAUGAGGUACUGAGGCUCUACCCAUUCCUCAAGCCGUACUUGACUCAGUCAUCAAUUGCUCUGUUCUCUGUUGUGAAAGGGAUGAGCCAGCUUCUCGUCGAACUUCCCUCACUCGAGGCUCUGGCCGCUGUGACUACUGCAUAUGGCGGACAGCCCGCUAGUUCGUUGUACCUGGAUGCUGGAUGGGAUGAGGGGAUGGUUGCGACGUACUUUUACGUCCGAAAUGUGGAGGAUGAAGUACUGGGUCGGAAGGUUAUCCGCACGAGGACGAUCUUGGGAAACCUCGAGGAUCCAGCAACUGGCAGCGCAGCGAGUGGUUUGACGGCUUAUCUCUCGCUUAGGGAGGGGAGAGCUGGACGGUUUGUGUAUGAUGUUGUGCAGGGGGUGGAGAUGGGCAGGCGAAGUGAGAUAGGGCUUGAGGUAGUGACUGGGGAGAAGGGCAUCGUGAGGCUAGAGCUGAGGGGCAGUGCUGUGAAGGUCAGCGAGGGCUCCAUUGUGGUUCCUCAAGACAAGUGA